AUGAAGUUGACAGUUUGUUUUGGCGACACAAAGGUCGUAGUUCCAUGUGGAUCAGGGAAUUUGACUGUUAGGGAUCUGACACUUAGUGGUCUAAAAAGAGUUAGGCACACUCUACCAAAGCUUGGACCCCAGGAUCGUAUUGUUGUUCACAGUAUCAAUGUUGCGAGAGAUGGUGGUAUGUUGGAUUGGGAUGAUUUAGUUUGUGAUGUGCUUGAUGAUCGUGAAAUGGUUACUGCUCACUUUUCGAUUGCCACUUUAGCAUGCAAUGCAAGUGAUUCCUGUCCAGUCCGAUCUUCAGCGGGUGUCGAUUCUAUCUUUCAGUCGCUUUCUACACCUCUAGUUGUCGACUUAUGUGCUGAUAAUGCUACUGGAUCUGCCUUUCGUAACACGUUACAGUCCAAUGGUGCUGAAGGAUCUGCAGACAAUAGGACAAGUUUCGCAUCUGCAUGUGGUAGUGGGUUGGGACAAACUGAUACAAACUGUCAUAUUACAAGCAGGCUUCUGCGCAUUGGAGAUGGUAGUACAAGCAGUAGCAAUUUGAGCUUAAAUUUAAGUAAUGACAGCUGUGGAAUGAACCAAACUGCUGGGAUACACACAUCCCAGUUUUCAUACGAUCAUCAUGAAUGGUUUCCAAACAAUGGAUCUUCCAAAGACUCUAGUUCGAGAGUCCAUUCCAACAACAAUAAUUUGAAUUGCAUAACGACAUCUUAUGAUAGCAGAAAACAAUGUUUUACUUCCCCUAUACCAUGUUCAACUCCUCAGCCAUUAUCCAUUUGCUGCAAUGUGUUGCCAAGUGAAUGUGAACAUGUUAAAAGUCAGUUGGUUUCGUGUAAUGUUCUCUGUCCUAAUGGUGAUGUUAUUGACGACAAUAGUAAUAAUACUGGAGAUGAAAAAUACCAGCCAAAAACAACACUCAAAUCGAAUGUUUUCGAAAUGUUGUCAAACGCCCUUUCUCGCCGUCGUGAUCUCAUUGAGUCUGGCUGGGAUUCUGAUGAAGAAGAUGAGGAUGUAGGAGAUCCUGAUGGAGGUUAUUCAUAUGACAGUCAAGUUGGAGAACAACAGAAUGAAAUACUGUUGUUAUCCAAAACUGAUGCAGUCAAUCAUUCGGAUGUGAUAAAUGCUAGUUAUGAUUUAACGCCCGCUUCAUCAUUGAAAGAAAAUUGUUGUUCAGAAAGUAUCGUGGCUAGUAACAGUCGAUUGCAUGAGGAUACGAAUGAUGGUUUUUCAACUGUUCGACGUCUGUCAGUGUCCAGUGCAUCAAAUAAAACUCGUGAAACAUUAAGUGCUCGACCUAUUUCGUCUAAUAACGAUAUUUGGCCCCUUCCUCCCCCACCGUUUUGUGCAACUGAUGGUGAGCAUGGUGAUAUGUCUUCUAAUCCUAACCGAAGAUUACACUCUCCAGAAGAUGAAUAUCAUAUAGGCAUUAACACUGAGCGACUUAUACGUGCGGUUCAAAACCAUAGUUCUUUUUCUUCUCUGAGUGAAUUCAGUCUGAGUUCUUCAAAUUCAGAACCAUCGAACUGCACAUCUGUUUGCGCUUUACAGUCUAGUUUACCAAUCAGUUCACCACAGAUCCCACACUUACUCAGUUAUUCUCAGCCUAGUCUGGGAACACCACGUGAAGAAGCUACUGAACAACAGAAUACACAGGAUACUUUUCUAACUCAUAGUAUAGUUAGUAAUGUUGUGCAUCAACCGGGAACAGAUAUUCCAUCCAAUCCUUUACAGUUUCAUUCUCCCCAUGUUGUAAGUAAUGCUAACUCAGCAAAGUCUUUAAUUAUGCCAAGUCGUCCUGCUAGUCUAUCUUGUUCUCGGUCAACAACACGCUUAGGCGCAGUAUUUCAAAGUACCUUAACUGUACCGACCAUAGUUGAGGAGGAAGAAGAAUAUUCAAUCGAUUCUGAAAGAUUUUUAAAUGUUUGCGGAAGUAAAACAGAACAUCAAUGUGUUGAUGGUUUGUUACACUCUACAGAUACACAGCCAUUACUUAAUGAUACUCCGGAUAUCAAUGAUACAGUAGAAGAAGACUAUCCACUCUUACGAAAGGAUUAUAUUUUAGAGAAAGAUCAAAAAAUAUCCGACAAGCACUUCGAUGCAUUGCAUGUAAAUACAACUGGUGAAUAUAGCAUCAACUCUAGUAAAGUUUACUUGUCCGAUUUCCAAGUACAUGCUGAUGAUAAUCCAGUCAUAACCCAUCGUACCAGUCGUGGUCUACCGAAACCAGAUGUUCUUCGUUGGCUUGAGGAUACUCGGGAUGCUACUGUGAAUUGUAAAGUUAAUAAUAACUCAAAUUUAUCUCAUCUGUCAUCAUCAUUAUCAUCGAAUCAUUCUGAUUUCAUCUUAGAUGACCAACAAAAACGAGAAGAAUCAAAACAACAGAAACACAGCAAAUCUGAAGAAGUAUCUUUCACCGUCGUUGAAACUCCUCCUCCUAUAGAUAAAUCUCAGGAGUCUCUAGACAGUAAAGAUACUGUAAUAAUCCGUCUGGUCAAUACAAAACGUGGUGAAAAUUUAGGCAUUCAAAUUAAACCUGUCUUCUCUGAAGUUAUGGAUUUGAAUAAUAGUGAUAGUUAUUCUGAUGAAAAUACCGGAUCAAGAAUGGAAUGUGGUCUUGAAGUCCAUAGUAUUAUACCGCAUGGGCGUGUAGACCGUGAACAAUGCCUGUCUGUUGGAGAUCGCAUUUUAAGCAUCAAUGGAAUUUCGUUGAGUGGAAUACCGUUUGAAAAAGGUCGUGAUAUAUUUCAAGCAGCAUUGAAUGAACCGGAGAUACUACUGCGUGUACUCCCGCUUUCUGCUUACCAGCAUAGUCCUCCAGUUUCUGUACAAAGCACAGAUAAUACACAGAAUACAGAGAAAUCAGAUAAACCAUCUUGUGGAUUGAUUGUCGUAGUCUCUGACCUUACUUCUAAAGGUAAAGAAAGUGAAGCAAAAUGUAAUAUCAGUCAGUUGAAACCUGUCCCACCGCCACCACCUCGUCGUUCACCCAAUACUGUAUUGACUCGUAUACCAGAAGGUAUUAUUAAACCGUUGAUAGAUGAGUUUUUACAAGAGAAGAAACAACGAGAAGAGGAAGAAGAACGUCAGCAGACUCAAUUGAAGAAUGCUCAACCGCCAAGUUAUGAUGAUAGUCAUAGAUCAACACAAUCUAUCAACCGUUCACAAAGUGAUAACCAUCUUCAGUUCACUUGUCAUACGAUCCGACUAUGCAAAGGCUCGAGUGGACUUGGAUUCAGCCUAACCAGCUGUGAUGCAAAUCCGUCUUCAACUGGUGACUCUGUAUCGAAUCAGAAGGUUAUCUGCGUAAAAAAUAUACUUCCUGGUGGUGCAGCUUUAACUGAUGGUCAAUUGAAACCUGGUGAUCUCUUAAUAAAGGUUGAUGAUAUUUAUGUAAAUGAAAUUGGUCAAGCACGAACGGUUGCAUUGUUACGUAGUAAACCUGUAAAUACUAUAGUUACUUUAGUUGUCAGUCGACCGGAACAACCUGAUUUUAAUCCUCAAAACAUUAAUAGUAAUGAAAACAGUACCAGUCAUACAUGUAUGCCUGAUUUGAAAAUAAUCCCACCUUCUGUAGUAUGUACAAUUUCUUCUAGUUGUUGCUUGAACACUGCGAAUACCUCUGCUAUUCCUAAUGAACAGUUAUCAAAAUUAGCAGCAGUAUCAUUGGUAUGCGAAUCUACAUCUGGAUCAUCAUCAGUAUCAUCUCAUUCACAGCCAACGAUGCAGCAACAAAAUGGAAAGGUUAUUGUGGAACAACCUUCCAGUUAUACAGCCAAAUUACCAUAUAAGUUGUCAGAAUGCAGUUGCAGUUCACAUGAUGAUACCUCCCAAGAAUUUCACCCUCUUCAACCCUCACACCCUUCAUAUAAACUGCAUGGAGUUGAUUCAUCACAAUGGUCACUCUACUUACUUGAUAUUCACUUACCCCUAACAAGAUCAACUGAAACAGACAAAAGUGUUACACUACAGUCUACAGAAUCUAUCGUUCACCAACCGCAGUCAAUAGUUAAACGACAGACAGGGAACCCAGCUACUUUAGGCGUAAGCGUAUCGGUAAGACGAUUGACAAGUAAUCAUCGUGGUGGUGGUGAUGAUGGUAAACAGGCUGAUCAGAAGACAGAUGAUUCACUUGGUUCACAAUCAAAUGCUGUGUUUGUACGAACUGUAAUUGAUGGUGGUCCUGCUUAUCAAGAUGGUCGUUUACAAGUUGGAGAUCGUUUGUUAACUAUUGAUGGUCAACCUUUGUCUGGAUUGUCAACAUCUGAUGCACUUAAUCGUUUAAAAUCUGUUAUUGCACAAGAUUUAAACGAGUGUCAUCCUUGUGUUCGCCUUCUAAUUGCUCGUGCACGUCGUACUACACCCUCUGAUGAUUCGUAUACAAAUCCAAUAGAAGAACAUAGUACAAACAGAAUUAUCAAUCCUGUUCAGCAUAAAUCAUCUUCAGAAGUAGCAAAAAAGGAGCAAUGUCAUAAUCGUGGCGAAGAUCAAUCAAAAUUAUUAAUUGUCUCUGCUAUUGUACACUCAUCUGAAUCUAUCAGCACUGGAAAUAUAAAUGAUGUUUUUGACUCAAAUACAAAAUGCUCACUACCAUUGAAUACUUGUACUUCCACAGGUUCAUCAUCAAAAUCACAACAGCAGCAACAAAAAUCUCAUCCCACUACUUCUCAUCUCGUGUGUACAGAUCAAAUAUCUCAGGCUACCAAAGAGGGGUCGAAAUCUCCACAGUCUAGAUCCGGCGUUUGUUCUAAUCCGACUGACAAUAAUAUUAGUGGUGGCGGUGGUGGUAUCGGUUCACAUAAAAAUAUUUUGAAAACCUCAUCAAUGUCAUGCAGUACAACAAAAGGACUGUGUCAGACGAGCAAUAAUGACAGUAAUUCGCCUCUUGCAACUACUACUGAUGCUGAUAACCAUCAUAAUAACACUCAUCAUGAUUCUAAACGUGCAAAGAAAAGAGACGGUGACUAUUGUGCUCUAAGAAAUGUUCGAAAACCUAUGACAUGCUUACCUCAUAAACAUUUGAACUUCGGUUACACAUCGGAUACAAAAAGCUGUACACCUGCGCAUAAUAGUAAUAAUUAUCAAAGUCAUAAUACGGAUACACGGAUAUCUUCCAAAUCGAAAUACUGUUACAAUAAUAAUGAAUUAGAUCAAAAUGAUAAAAAACGCAUGUCAAAUUAUUCGUCAUCAUCAACAGAAAUGAUAUACAAUUAUCAAAAUCUAUCCCAUCUACAAUCUUCAUUUGAUGACUGUGGUGAUGGUAAUGACUCCCUAUAUCAAUAUCAUUAUCUCCCAACAGAUGAUUCAGAUUUAAACUAUGAUGCUACAUUGUCUGAUCCAGAAACAGAACGUCAAUAUUAUAAGUUAGAUUCAUUAAGUGAUUCUAAUCUAUCCUCAAUUUCCGGUAAAAUGAUAACACCGACAAUGGAUGGAGAUAGAUCAAGAAGUAAAUUCACUUCACGCACAUGUAAUAAACACUGUAAAUAUUCAUCAAAUAAUAAAUGUAAAUAUCGUGUUGUUUAUCGACAGCCAAGAAUCGAUUUUAGUCAAAUGGUACUUGUUCCAUUCGAUCCAUCCGCUUGGAAUGGUCCAGUUUUAAAGCCUAGAACAGCCUUAAAUCCGGAGGAAUUAAAACUUCUCGAUAUACCCAAGAAAGUUGACUCUUUGGGAGUUGAUAGUCAUCUAGGCAGUGGCGGUGACUGUGGCGGCAGUAUUAGUAGUAAUAAUACUUUAAUUCCAGAUUCUAAUUGUGUUUAUGAUGAGAGUGUGGAGCGAAGAGAAGACAACAAAAUGGUUAUUGGUCAGAAAUUCUCUUCUUCUAAAGAUCAGAACUGCAUUUCUGAUUCCGAUGACGGAUAUAGUAACAGUAAACAGAAUCCAAAGUGUUCAAACACUGAAAGUGGUCGGCUCAGAAAGACACCUCAUCCAAAAACUGUAAUCAGUAAACUGUUCAGUUUAGUCAAAACAACUACCCAUCGACGUAUUGGUGACCAGAAUGUAACAACAGAUUCAGAACAAGUUGCUGGAUGGCAGCCUUCACCUGAUAGUUUUCAAAUACGUACACCUGGUGAACAUAUAAACCCCUUGAUGAGGAAUAAAUCAAUAAAUCAAAAUAGCUGUCCUUCAGAUAAUUCUGGAAAGAAUUUAACUAAACCUCAAUCAUAUCUUCCAACCGAUUUACAACACAGUACAAACGACAGAAUGGCAGUGACAGCAGCUAAUCCUGUAGAAAAGUCAGCAUUGCCUGUAAUAUCCCCUCCGUCUUGUUAUGCAACACUUCAUGAAAGAGUGGAGCCUUCAAUGCACAUAUAUGAUACCGCAAAUAACAUUCAAGGUAGUAGCAAUGAUAAUAGGUCUGAUGAACAAGUAAAACUGGAUGUAAAGUAUUCUUCCCAGACCAUCAAGUUAUCUCCUCAUACAGAUAUCAGAGAAAUAAAAUCAACACCGCUAACGCCACCGACGACUACAGGAGCUCUGAUAAUAAAUAAUCCCGGGGGAAUGAUACUGUAA